AUGCAGCCAGAAUUUUUACCAGAAAAUGCUUUAAAUUUCCCAGAGCUCAGGUGACUGGAAUUAAUUGGAAAAUUAAAAACAGAAAGAAGACAUAGCUGGCCUACAGGACUAAAUGGCCCACAAGAAAGUGUAGCUGACCACUCUUGGAGGCUUUCUCUAAUGCCUUACUUAUAUAGUCCACGUCUUUCACAGCCUGUUGAUGUUUUUAAAUGUGUUCUUAUGGCUGCUAUCCACGAUUUACCUGAAGUAAUUGCUGGAGAUCUCCCUGUGAUUCACCAAAAUUUAGCAACCAGAUCUGAAAGGGCUGAGCUUGAAUUAGCCGCUAUGAUUGAGCUUACUAACAAGCUAGAAGACCCUGAAAAGGCUCAGUACCUUUUAAGCCUCUACCAAGAAUACCACAACCAAAACACCUAUGAAGGAAAAUUCGUAAAAGCCCUGGACAAAAUUGAAGCUUUUAUUCAGCAUAAUCAAGACCCUAUAGAAACUUGGCUCCCAAAAGAAAAAGAUAUGCUUUUUCAAAAUCGUUACCUUUUAGACUACUGUGAAUUUGACCCCUUUUUAAAAUCUCUUGCAACACAAGUUCUUGAAGAAGGCAUCGCGAAAUUAAAAGCAGCUGGAGAAGACGUAGAAGCUAUUAGAAAUAGAGCUCAGGCUUAA